UCAUAGAAAACCCUGUGCUAAGAGAAGCACACAGAAAACGUGAUGUCCUACACAUCCAAACUUCCCGCGUCCUGGAAUGAUACGCCUCCCCCUCGGAAGGUGGAAAUUGACCUGAGUUCACCUGGAUUGGCGGUGUUUGAGUUGGAAAGACUCUUGUUUACAGGUAAAGCAAUCAUCAGCCAUGCAGACGAAGUGUGGCCAAGGCUGUAUAUCGGUGACCAGAACAGUGCAGAGAACCGGGCCAAUCUCACCAAGCAUCGAGUCACACACAUCCUGAAUGCAGCUCACAGCAAACGGGGGGUGCAGCCAGAAAUCUACGAGUGCAUGGAGAUCACAUACAUGGGCAUAGAGGUUCAUGACUCCUGUGGCUUUGACAUGAGCGUCAACUUCAGGGCAGCAGCAGACUUCAUCCACAGGGCUCUCCGCAGAGGAGGCAAAGUGUUGGUGCACUGCCAUGUAGGAGUGAGCCGCUCUGCCACCCUGGUCCUGGCUUACCUGAUGCUGAAGCACAACCUGGGCCUCGUGGAGGCCAUUUGUGCGGUGAAACAAAACCGGGGGGUCAUCCCUAAUCGAGGUUUCCUCCGACAGCUCAUCAGACUGGACGGCCAGCUCUUUGGCAAACACUGAACGCUGCUGGGUAGCAUGUUGAGCAGAUCCAGAACAUGAGGGAAAUAACAUGGUAAAGAAAGCUCAAGUGUGCCGCGUAUUAUUCUAUUUUGAGAUACAUUUAAAAGCACUUCUAGUA